AUGGAGACCGACGACCUCGACAAUCUCAUCGCCGACUCCCUCGGCGGAGUGCAAUCCGCGCUUGAUGGCGAGAGGAAGGCGGACAGACCAUCGGGGGGCGGCGCGGGCUGGGCCGGGGAGGCGGUGAAAGAGAUGCAGCAGGGUGGCAUGCGCAUGUCUGACGGGGAGGUGCAGCCCAACGAGGAGUUCUUCUCGAACCUCGUCCAGACUUUUCAGGACGAGUCUUUCCAGAAGGCUAUGACAGGCUUGCUACAGGGCAUGGACACUAGCGGGGUCGAGGAGGGCGCCUCUGCCAAGGAGACUCCGGGGCGCCAGGGGCUGCGGACGGCGGUGCCGCGGCGUCCCUGUCCGGGGAUGCAGGUUCGGAGGACUUCCUGCAGAAGUUCGUGA